AUCGCGGGCGUCAUUGCCAUUGUCCUUCACAAAACACAGGUCUAGCUCUUGCGUAUGAAUCAUAUCUCGUAAACCCUAAUAAUCGAUCAAGAUCGUGAGAUUCUCCAAAUCUCAGAGGCUCAGAUUACGUGAGAGAGAGCAACGAUGCCGAAGAAGAUGGGCGUCAACAGCAAGGCCGAGGAGGCUAGGGCUCGGAAGAACGCCACAGAAUCCGAGCGCAAGGAGCGCGAGGCUCGCCAGAAGGAAGAUCAGUACUGGCAGGAAGCCGAGGGCGCCAAGUCCCGUGCCGCUAAGAAGCGCGAGGACGAAGCGGAGAAGCGCGCCGAGGCAGCUGCACGGAAGGCCGAGGCUCGCCGUCUUGCAGAGAUGGAGGAGAAGAAUCUCGAAAAGGCGAUGAAGAAGCCGGACAAGAAGGCCAACCGCGUCUCUAUCCCUGUCCCUAAAGUCACUGAGGCGGAGCUCCGGCGCCGACAAGAGGAGGAGCAGGCCCAGAUUCAUCAGCGCUCUGAGGAGGCCAAGCGUCGGCAGAGCCGGACCGCAGCGGAGGAGGAGUAUGAGAGGAUGGUGCUUGUUGCGAAUACGAAUCGCGAUGAUUCGAUGAUUGAGGCUCGGACAGUUGAGGAUGCAAUUGCGCAGAUGUCGGUUUCAGACAAUUUGCCGGUGGAUAAGCAUCCGGAGAGGCGGCUCAAGGCGUCGUUUAAGGCUUUUGAGGAAGCUGAACUUCCCAAGUUGAAGGAAGAGAAACCAGGUCUUACUCACACUCAGUACAAGGACAUGAUAUGGAAGCUAUGGAAGAAAUCUCCAGACAACCCUCUUAAUCAGGUUGCUGAGUGAUGGCAGUCACAUCUCCAACCUAGAAUGGUGGGAGGCAAGUUUCUCUCGGGGUUUUUCAUCACAGCGUACUGCAAUUUUUAAUGAAUUCAAGCGUAUUUUUAAUGUCAUCCACUUGAGGUUUCUAGGCCUACCAUAUGAGAUGAGUUGAGAAGCGUCUGUACCCUUGAAUGAUAAAACCUGUUUGAAGCAGUGCUGCUUUCAAUUUUUCAUUGUACGGAUGUAUCUGCAGUUACACUUGUUAUGGUUGUGGAUCCUUUUUUUCAAGGCAAUAAACAAAAAAAUUAUGUAUAGACAGAAACAACCUUUUUAGCAUAAGCAUGUAUCGUCCCUCUUC